AUGGGCAAUCCUCUAGCUUCGCAAACUUCGGUGAGUUGUGGAUAGACACUGGCGCUGAACAAGGCGCAGAGGGGCUCGACGCUCAGGCCUCUGGCUCGAGGCGCGGCAAUCCCUUGUGCUCACCUCCGCGUGCUAAUGCGAGAUCAAUUCCCUCGUCCUCCCUCACCCUGACACCCAACAGCAACGCGGCCUCGGAUGGACCAAGCUCCCACCUCCCAUCCACUCAAGACACUCUGAUCCUGCAAGCGUCGUCCCCACUUCAUCUCUCGCCAUGGGUUCACCAGUCGCCACGACGACCUUAAGCACCAGCAGCAGCGGCGCGAGCCUAAGCAGUGCGACGAGCUCUUCUUACUCAUCCCCAGCUCAAUCAUUCUCAUCCGUAACUCCGAUCAAUACCUCACCUAGGGUCAAGUGGAAGGCGAGGGAUGCGGUUGCCAAGCGGGUACAGGAGAGUGAUGAGGAGGAGGAAUUGGACGAUGACCUGGACGAUGACCUGGACGAGUUCGGGUACAGUUCGGCCAGGCGACGGGCGGGCCAGCGGGAGACCCUCAUUGGUAGGUUCGGAUAGUGUCCCCUUUUCGGCUCCGGAACUAAAGGGUGGCAUUGCCUACUCUCAGACAUCCUCAACUCGGGACCACCGAACUGGAUGCAGAACCCUUCCCGAGAAUCCGUGGCCGAUACCUCGAGCUUUCGCGUCAAGAAGCGCAGUGGGCUCUUCGCUCGGACCAAGCAAUCCGCCGGCAUCUCAUCUCACCAACCCAGUGGUGGCACAAGUGAGUCCAUCGCCGCAGCACUCCGCAAAUCCAUCCGUAUUAGUCGUUCCUCCGGCUCCCUCUUUCGCACGGGUCGGGUCGGGUCGUUGGGGAGUGUGGUGACGGGUUCAACGUCUCGCAUGACCAGAGCGCAGGAACAAGCCCAGGCUGCCGAUGAAUUUGCGCGAUCGCUCGAUCCGGAUACGCGCAAGAUCUCUUUGCAAAUGGCCGAAUCGCCAGGGUCGGAAUCGUUGAUGAGUUUCCUCAGAUCGUCAAACCCCGACGAGGAGUGUUACACUCCCGGGAGGUCGAGUCAUAUUGGAUCACCGUUUCAAUUACCCCGACUCAAACCCACCUCCGUCGGGAGUUCAGACAAGGUCCAAGACGUGCACGAAUCGGCGCCUUCGCCGACGCGCGUCUUCUUCCGUGAUCUCAAGGUCGCUUUGGAAGGCAAUCCCAUGAUGACGAGCCAACGUGGAAAACGUUCGACCGCGGGUGCACACCAUUCAAGUGGCGAAUGGGAUGCGGGGAUGCCUGAAGAUGCCAGCUUAGCGGCCCAGUGGGUGUCGGGGGAUGAGCUGAGCCGUGUCGAUAGCCUCGGUGUAGCAGAAGAAGAGAUCCUAGCUUCUCCACCCAGGUCGGACCCGUCCACUCCUCGACACUUGUCCUACACCGCCGAAGAGCUGGAGAAGAGCCCAGGUGCUCGGCGAAGGAGUAUCAUCGCUACGUCGGCGGCGGGAGGGAGUCCAAUCUCACCCUCGUCAUCGGAGGGGUCUUCGACCACUUCUCGAACAACCAGGUGAGCCCCACAAAGCCGCGAGGACCCCGCAGAGGAUGGGAUUUCCAGCCUCACAUUUUACCGACUCGUUCGCGCAGUCAACAAUUCACCUCGACGGCCCGGAGAAUAUCGCCAAACGCCAUACCCAAGAUCGAAGAUACGGUUUCUUCACUCAAUCACAAGCCAUCUGAGCGCAAAUACGAACCCAAACACCGACCAGAGGACGACACGGGUCCGAUCGCCACGGGUGAAAGCCCCAUCAAGGGCCGAUCGGGAAGUGGGUCGAUCGCCUCGCCGGGAGGGGACGGGUCCCCUUUCAGUCGCAAGUCUCGACAUGGCGUUGAAUCAACGUCGCAAAAAGCAGAUUCGUCUCCCUGCAAUAAGCCUCGGACUAGCAGUAAGACGCCUGCUGCGAGUCAGUCGACGAAGCAAGGUUUCCCAAGCGUGCUCCCCCUCGUUCUCUCCGCUUCUAGCACGUCACCAUCCCGGACCCCUGUCGAGUCGGAAUCGACGUCCAAGCUCGACGCAGCUUCAGACCCCACCUCAAAAACGGACCACACAACCAAACCCCGACCCGAGAAUCUGAUCAUACCCGCGACCUCUUCGGCGGACUCCACAUGUGCAAGCGAGCAAGAGAUGCCCACCUCGGCAGGAUGCUCCCCCGAAUCUGGGUCCCGUCGCCGGCCUCCUCGACGGAUCACUCCACCACCCAAGACACCGCUUCCGAACGCUCCGGGUGGGAGUGGAGCACAAGUACAAGCUAUUUCUGCAGGUGCGGAAGAAUUGCCGACGAAAGAAGAGGAAAACGGGGACUCGGCUACGGAUGUCGUCCUUGAGGAGCUCCCUUCGGGGCAAUCCGAUGGGUCCAGCCCGGACGCGUGGACAAGCACCCGAGAGGGCCAGCAUUCCCUUUCAACACCUAUCAACGAUCCGAAAGACGCCUCGGGCGUGGAGGUGAUCUCUGCGCUCACACCAAUGCAUCCCAGGCUCCUCUCGGCGUUGAUAGAAUUGAAGACGUCGAUGGGCGAGACAGCAACACUCGAUCUCCCUGAAGCGGCCACAACACUCGAACUCGUCCUCCCAACUUUGUGCGGUAUGCGAACGCAGUUCAGGAACGCCAUCAAUGUCCUCGAAGUCCUUAUCCAAUUGUCUACAGCUGAUCAUGAGGGCACCGAAGGCAAUGUGGUGGAAUGCUUGCUUGGAGAAUGA